ACAUCCAGAGCUGGCGGGCGGGUGCGCGGGCGGGCGGCGGCACCAUGCAGGGAAGCUGCCAGGGGCCGUGGGCAGCGCUGCUCUCUGCCGCCCACCUGGCGCUGUGAGACUGGCGCUGCCACCAUGUUCCCCAGCCCUGCGCUCACGCCCACGCCCUUCUCAGUCAAAGACAUCCUAAACCUGGAGCAGCAGCAGCGCAGCCUGGCUGCCGCCGGAGAGCUCUCUGCGCGCCUGGAGGCGACCCUGGCGCCCUCCUCCUGCAUGCUGGCCGCCUUCAAGCCAGAGGCCUACGCCGGGCCCGAGGCGGCUGCGCCGGGCCUCCCAGAGCUGCGCGCAGAGCUGGGCCCCGCGCCUUCACCAGCCAAGUGUGCGUCUGCCUUUCCCGCCGCCCCCGCCUUCUAUCCGCGUGCCUACAGCGACCCCGACCCAGCUAAGGACCCUCGAGCCGAAAAGAAAGCCUGAAAUUUUAAGUCACCGUCUGUCUCCCUCACCAGGGUGUGAACUGCCCCAAGGGCAGAGACCUCUCGUUUUGUUCUCCAGCGCCUUGAGCCAGCCUGACUUUCGACAAAUGCUGAGUGAGACGUGUCGGUGGCUCCCAGUGCACUUGGCAGAGUGAGCCGCAGCCAGCUGGGCGCUCCAGGCAGGACACAGUGGCCUCCACGAGGAUCCCUUACCAUUAUUGUGCGGCCGCGCUCCGUAGGUCAAGCCGCUCUUACCAAGCGUCUCUCUGCCUCUCUGUUCCCCCUCAGAGCUGUGCGCGCUGCAGAAGGCGGUGGAGCUGGAGAAGACAGAGGCGGACAACGCGGAGCGACCCCGAGCGCGACGGCGGAGGAAGCCGCGCGUGCUCUUCUCGCAGGCGCAGGUCUAUGAGCUGGAGCGGCGCUUCAAGCAGCAGCGGUACCUGUCGGCCCCCGAACGCGACCAGCUGGCCAGCGUGCUGAAACUCACGUCCACGCAGGUCAAGAUCUGGUUCCAGAACCGGCGCUACAAGUGCAAGCGGCAGCGGCAGGACCAGACUCUGGAGCUGGUGGGGCUGCCCCCGCCGCCGCCGCCUGCCCGCAGGAUCGCGGUGCCAGUGCUGGUGCGCGAUGGCAAGCCAUGCCUAGGGGACUCGGCGCCCUACGCGCCUGCCUACGGCGUGGGCCUCAAUCCCUACGGCUAUAACGCCUACCCCGCCUAUCCGGGUUACGGCGGCGCGGCCUGCAGCCCCGGCUACAGCUGCACUGCCGCUUACCCCGCCGGGCCUUCCCCAGCGCAGCCGGCCACUGCCGCCGCCAACAACAACUUCGUGAACUUCGGCGUCGGGGACUUGAAUGCGGUUCAGAGCCCCGGGAUGCCGCAGAGCAACUCGGGAGUGUCCACGCUGCAUGGUAUCCGAGCCUGGUAGGGAAGGGACCCGCGUGGCGCGACCCUGACCGAUCCCACCUCAACAGCUCCCUGACUCUCGGGGGGAGAAGGGGCUCCCAACAUGACCCUGAGUCCCCUGGAUUUUGCAUUCACUCCUGCGGAGACCUAGGAACUUUUUCUGUCCCACGCGCGUUUGUUCUUGCGCACGGGAGAGUUUGUGGCGGCGAUUAUGCAGCCUGCAAUGAGUGAUCCUGCAGCCUGGUGUCUUAGCUGUCCCCCCAGGAGUGCCCUCCGAGAGUCCAUGGGCACCCCCGAUGGAAUGACCAGUGAAUUGGGACUGAGCUCGGGCACGCGGGGCCUGAGAUCUGGCCGCCCAUUCCGCGAGCCAGGGCCGGGCGCCCGGGCCUUUGCUAUCUCGCCGCCGCCCGCCCACGCACCUACCCACCCGUAUUUAUGUUUUUACCUAUUGCUGUAAGAAAUGAGGAUCCCCUUCCCAUUAAAGAGAGUGCGUUGA